AUGCCCGAAACGUUUCCAAAAGAACUCAAUUUGCUCGACUUUCGAAUCACUGAGAUAGAUAAAGCUUAUCGUCUUCGUUUUAUUGAUCAGGAAUCCCACUAUCCUUUUAACCAUGAUGAGUCUACUCUUUUUAAGAAAGUGAUUGUGUCCUCGAGUCCAUGGUCUGGUGCUGGUGAUUACGUGAUCAUGGCAAUCCAGUAUGGAAAGUUGUGGUUUUUCAAGUUAGGGGAUGAGAAAUGGACCAAAAUUGGUUGUUGGAAUGAGUCUGAUUCGUACCAGGACUUUGUGUAUCACAAGGGACAGUUUUAUGCUGUUGGGUCUAAAGGAAGGAUUGUAGUGAUUGGUUCAGACUUGAAGGUUAAGCCGAUUGCAUCCCUUGGGCCUCAUUAUAAUGCCAGUGACACUGCCGGUAGCAAUAGACUACGUUUGGUGAAAUCGUGUGGUGAUCUGUUUUUGAUUGAUAAGGAAGAAAAUUUAAGUACAUACCAAUGCACUGACGAGUGGGAUGGUGAUUGCAUGUGGCAUCCCAUCGAGUCAGAAGCCAGCAAUGAUCCUCUUAACAAGUUUUACUUGAAAGUUUUUAAGCUGAAUGAGUCCGAAAAGAAAUGGGAGAGGGUUGGAACUUUGGGUGAUCGAGUGCUGUUUACUUGUGAUGCCUUCUCCUAUUCUGUUUCAGCUCGAGAUUUCUCUGGUUUGAACGGGGGUUGCAUUUAUUUUUCCGAAGGUUCGUUUAUUGAGGAUUGUGACGGGUAUGGUGAACAAGAUGAAUGGCUUCCACAAUGGGUGGACAUUGGCGUUUUCAGCUCGGUGGAUGGCAAGUUCUUCCAUUUCACUAAAUACUCUGUAUACUUGGGCACACCUCUCCUGCUCAUCACACGAUCCGCAAUGAUGCAAUCAACUUCUUUGUCAAAGGAUGUUACAACUGCCAUUGGUGCCCUUUGCAAUAUGCCCCGAGUAAGGUCUUCCGUGUCUUCAUGA